ACUGAAACGGGGCAGGAGCGGACAGGACAGGAGAACCAUGCUGAGGAAAAAGUUACAAACACGGGUGCAGAAUGACCAGCCUAAAGCCAGCGAGCCAAAGAGCCCCGAGUCUCUGCGGAAAUUUGGUUUGAUGAACAAUAAGGACGUGCAGGUGAUGCUGAAGGGAUCAAAGAUGGUUAAGGUGCGUUCCUCCAGCUGGCAGAAACCUCGCAGUUUCACACUGAUGGAAGACUGUGUCACUGUGUUUUGUGAAUCCUUCAAGACCUUGGGCAAAGCCAAGAAAGACCAGGCCUUCUGUGUGACUGAGGUGGAGUGUGUGCGGGAAGGCUGUCAGUCUGAAUGUCUCCGGCGGCUGUCUGGUUCCUUUCCGGAGGCUCAGUGCUUCACACUGGUGUUUCGCGGUGGCAGGAAGAGUCUGGACUUGUACUGCUCAUCGCGGGAGGAGGCGCAGUGCUGGGUGCGGGGCAUCCGCACGCUUAAAGACCGCAUCUCUAACAUGAGCCAGAAGGAGAAGCUCGAUCACUGGAUCCGAAGCUAUCUAAAACAAGCAGAUGUGAACGGGGACGGGAAGAUGAGCUAUGAUGAGGUGAAACAUCUGCUGAAGAUGAUCAACAUAGACCUUAAUGAGCAGUAUGCACGGACACUCUUCAAGAAGUGUGAUCGGUCAUGUGAUGGCCGGUUGGACCACAGGGAGAUCGAGGAGUUCUGUCGGGAGCUCAUGAGACGGCCCGAGCUGGACUCUGUGUUUCGACAUCACUCCAGUAACGGCUGCGUGCUGUCCACCCUGGAGCUGCGAGACUUUUUGGGUGAUCAGGGUGAAGAUGCCUCACUGGGGCAUGCGCAGAAGCUCAUUCAGACCUACGAGUUCAACGACUGGGCCAAGAAGAACCUGUUCAUGACUCUGAACGGCUUCACCAUGUACAUGCUGUCCAACGAGAACGACGUGUUUAACCCCGACCACGCGCGCGUGUACCAGGACAUGAGUCGGCCUCUGGCUCACUACUUCAUCUCCUCCUCCCACAACACCUACCUCACUAAAGAUCAGGUGACCAGUGAGAGCAGUACUGAGCCUUACAUCAGGGCUUUGAACCAGGGCUGCCGCUGUGUGGAGUUGGACUGCUGGGAUGGAGACAAGGGGGAGCCUAUGAUCUACCAUGGACACACACUGACUUCUAAAGUGCCCUUUAAGGAGGUCAUCGAAACCAUCGCUCAGUAUGCCUUUAAAGCGUCUCCGUAUCCUCUGAUCUUGUCUCUGGAAAAUCAUUGCUCUGUGGAACAGCAGGCCAUCAUGGCUCAGCACCUUCGAUCCAUUCUCGGCUCAGCUCUCCUCACCAAGCCUCUCACGGGCAAGACGCUGAAUCAGCUGCCCUCACCGGAGGAGCUGAAGGGACGGAUCCUGGUGAAGGGGAAGAAGCUAAGUAACGACCUGGAGAAGACGAACAGCACAACCAGCUUUUCAUCCAGCUCAGACGAGGAGACAGUAAGUGGGUCCAAGAGUCCUAACAAAAGGGAUCCAGGGAAGCCUCUGAGCUCUUCUAAGAUAAGUCCUGAGUUGUCGGAUCUGGUGGUGUACUGUAACAGCAUGCCGUUCCCUGGGUUUGAUGCGGCCAGAGACAGACCUCCGAGUGAGAUGUCUUCGUUCUCUGAAAAUGAGGCACUUAAACUCAUGAAAGACUCAGGAAAAGUCUUUGUGAGACACAACAGUCAACAGCUGAGCCGGAUUUACCCAUCAGGCCAGAGGCUGCAGUCUUCUAACUACGACCCACAAGACAUGUGGAACGGAGGCUGUCAGAUGGUUGCUCUGAACUUUCAGACGCCAGGAGAGCAGAUGGAUCUUAACCGGGGCCGUUUCCUACCCAACGGGAGAUGUGGCUACGUGCUGAAACCAGACUUCCUGUGUCUGCCAAAUUCUAACUUCAACCCUGAAAACACCGGUGGAGGACCCGGACACGUACCCACCCAGCUCACCAUACGAGUGAUUUCUGCCCAGCAGUUACCCAAACUCAACACACACAAGCCUAACUCUAUAGUGGAUCCACAAGUUUGGGUGGAGAUCCACGGAGUCUCUAUCGAUAAAGCCCGUUCGAAAACUCCUCGCAUCGACAAUAAUGGUUUUAACCCUCGCUGGGAUUGCACGUUGAGCUUUCAGCUGCAGAUUCCAGAGCUGGCUCUUGUGCGCUUUGUAGUGGAGGAUCAUGACCACAAGAGCAAGAAUGACUUUGUCGGCCAGUUUACCAUUCCCUUCACCAGUCUGCGCACAGGUUACCGUCACAUACACUUACUGAAAGCAGACGGCUCGAGCCUCUCUCCAGCUACACUCUUCAUCCACGUCAAAGUCUCACGCAGAGGAAGUGCCAUCAAAACCGUCUCAGAGCGAAUGGGUAAAGUGUGACCCCCUUCAGCCCCUUACCCAUGGUGAUCUGAGGACACACCGUCCAAAGUGGUAGAGCUGGAUUAGGUUAGAGAGGAACAGGAGCAGCCAGGCUUCUACAUUACCUCCAAAAGAAUCAUGCUGAUGGUUUUGUCGUGCGCCAUACAGAGAGAGAAUCUCACUGUGCUUUCCAGGCCUGGAGCUUGGUGUUGACGUGGCGUCUCUGUGGCCAAUGUAGACAUGCUUUAGUAAAGAGCUGACAGUGAUCAGCACCUCUGAAAUAUUACUCCUGACAUAGCAGAGUACUGAAUAACGUGAUAGAAGCUGACUGACGUGUAAGAAAUUUGAUAUUUUACAUGCUUUUAGAUCGAAAGUAUUUUUUUUUUAUAAAUGACUAAUUAAAUGAUAAUUUGGUGUCAGAUGUUUUGUGCAAGUAGCUUUCAGAAAUACUAAACUUUGUGCAAUUUUAAAAAUAAGCGGUUUUAAAUAGUACCGGUCUUCAUGCUGGCAGAAUUAAAAUGUGAAAAUGUGUCGGGAAUGUGUUGAUGGAAUGGCAAAUUAGGAUCAAAUGUGCACAGAAUUUCCGUACAUAAAUAUAGUACUGUAUAGAAUCUAUAGCAAUGUGUAAUUUGGGUACCAUCUGUUUCGCUUUACUGGAACUCUGUGAGUUGCCCCAUGUUGCAUAUAUAUAUGGAUAAAAGUCACUUGUAGAGCUGUUUUUAACAGGAUUCGAAUGUGGCCUAGUGUCUUUUAUUGUUGUGCCAUCCGAGCACUUUUUAAAAAUGUAUUUUAAUGUACUUUAUUCUUAAAUACAUUUAGUACAGUGUACCUAAAAGUAUUUCUCAAAACCUGGCCUACCAUACCAUCAUCGGCCGUCAGAUUGUCGAUCAUUUCAUAAAGGUGCAGCCUGAUUUAACAGCUUCUUACCUGAAGUCACUCUAAACCUAAUUAAAAAGCAUACAUUAAGAAAAAACAUUACAUCGUUUUGCAGUAGUGAAGUCAGGUAGUGAGUAUUACAAAAAUGGUAAGGAGCCUAUAAUGUUUCAUGAUGCGUAUACUAUGAUGCAUAUAAACAGACUAAGCUGAUUCACUCACAUGCAUUCACGUAUGUCUAAGAUUGAUCGAUUGACACCUUGAUUAAUAGGAAAAUGAAAAUGGCAUCCCUCCCACCCACAGUGCAGGACCAAAUGUGCUCUUUUUAACUUUUGGCCACAGAUGGCUCUGGCGGUGUUGAUGCUACAACCAUUGUACUAUUAGUCAAACAACUUUCUGUUGCACCAGUUGGGUGGCCUGAAUGUUGAGGGUAAAUUGUAGGUGUUUGUGUGUUUAUGCUAUUGUCUUAUAUCCCAUGUAAUUAAAAAGUCAAGCCGAAAGUGUAUGUAUGCCAAACAUAUGUGGUAUUCAGGCAUGUUUGGGCGGCAGGAGUUUGAGGAGAAAAGUUGUUCAGUAUAUAAUAAUUGGUUAGCUGAACUCGGUUGGUUAUUACUGACUUAUUCUAACCUUAAACCAUAAAUAGGCUGCAAUGGCACUUUAAAAUGUGUAGAUUUUGAACACUGAAAUGAUUUUGUGGUUACCUGAGGACAGUAUUUGUAAAAUAAAAGACUAAAUGGAAGUUGGUGUAAUGAAGUAAAAGCUGUGCUAAAGUAAAACUGCCACAGUUUAGAUGUACUAGCCUAAGUGUAAUUCAUUUGUAAUUGAUUGAUAUGUGUGUUAUUAAUAAAACUGUUGUGUGUGUUGUUUUAUAUACCGAAGCCUAUUUGUGUUUAGAUUAGAUACUAAAUAUAGAUUUUAUAUAUUUACAUCUUUUUAAUUUUUUAAUAUAUACAUUAAUUAUUAAAUGAUUUAAGGUCAUUAAAACCUGACAACCUGAAAGUGUUUAAGGGGCUUCAGUGUAUUUUUAUAUGCUUAUCUUUAUUAAACCUUUUCAUUUAUUGUACCCUGGUACUUUGAAAUAAUGUAUUAAAUAAAUAAAGCAUGUUUACAGUCUUUAUAA